CUUUAUUUAGAUAUGUACAUUAAGCACAUUACGCGAUUAAGUUUCGCGUAAUUGCACGUUAUCUUGCGCAGAUUGUUAGUUAUUUUAUACGAAUAUGCUAAAACGGUAGUCACGUGAUGAUAAAAACAUCAUAAAAUUUUGUUAAUGAUAGUGUAUAACAAAAUUUUGAGAAGUUUUGUUAAAUGAGAGUACAUGUAUCUUGCAAAGACGAACAACUAGGAAAAUAGUUUGUCAGUUUAUAGUUUAAUAAGCUUCCAAUAUUUUGCAAUUAAUCGGAGUUAUUUUAUACAAGUCACCAUAAAUACAAGGAUGUUACUCAUUUACAUUUUGAUCAGCGUUCUACCAUUUAUGUUAACAAUGGAGUGUGGUCAUCAGCAGAAUUUAAUAUACGUAAAAAUUCCACAAUACAGAGAGUUGAUGUCUCUAACAGAGUUUGACAAAUAUGUUGUUAACUAUGAGGUGUCGAGGAUGUAUGUUGGAAUGAUGAGUGCUCGCAUCCCUCACCUCAACUACUACAGUAUAAUCAAAAACCUUACUGGUACCAGCAACUACAGACUGGACACGUUCGGAGAAACAACGGAUGUAAUCCCACAAUGCAACAGGUCAAGUACCGUCCUUAUACCAGCAUCAACGUCCCUCACGUCACCCGAAGCAAUUUUCAAACUAGAAGAAACUGAUGUCAUUGUUACGUUUUGGUCUAGCUGUCCAACACGAUAUUUGUGGUACAUGAAGUGUGCCAGAUACACCGGCAAAAACAAGUGUCAUCUGCAGGAUGUUACAUUUGAGUUAUAUGUUAAAACAAGUUUAGAUGACAUUCCAAUUACUGAUAUUGGGGAGGACUUAUGUCGUACUACUGGUGUUAGAUUUGGAGCCAAUAACUUCAGAUGGGUCUUCACUUACGGCGAAAAUACAAAAUGUCGAGACAUCUAGUUACAACAACGACCAGUGUUGUUUCAGAUAUAGAAGCUAUACUUAAUAAUCCGGACUGAUCAGAUGAAAAGUAUUUAACUGCAGACCAUUACAUAUUAUACUAGUAACAACAAUAUUAAACUGUACCAAUAAACAUUCCGUUUUAAUUAAAGUGUUGU